GCCCAACAAACAAACAUUCCAUCGAAAUCAGAGAAAAUAAUACAAAAUUCCCAUACAAAGAAUGCAAAAGUCGUCUCAUUUUGCACGCGAGGAUUCCCAGGAGCAUCUGCCCACCCACCUACACCAUCAACAGCCCACCGUGAACAUGAAGCGACGCACCCUCUCCGGCAGCUGUGGCGUUGGCGUCUUCAUCUUCGCGUUCGCCUUUAUCGCCAUUGCCUUCGCCACGCCCAGUUGGCUGGUCAGCGAUUACCGCAUUACGGGCGCCAAGCUGGAUCGCCUGGGCCUGUGGGUGCACUGCUUCCGUUCCCUGCCGGAUGUCAACGACGACAGCCAGCGACGGUUCUUUGUGGGCUGUCGCUGGGUCUAUGACCCAUUUACCACGGGCUACGACGAGAUACGUGGAUUCCUGCUGCCAGCCUUCAUGAUUGCCACACAGUUCUUCUACACACUCGCCUUCAUUGGCAUGCUGCUCAGUGCCAUUGGGGUGCUGGUGUUCUUCCUUUGCGCCGGACCCGACCAGAAGCACUUCAUCACACUGAUCCGAUCGGUGGGCUAUGUUCUGCUCGGCGCUGGCGUCUGUGCAGCCAUUGCCGUCAUUGUGUUUGCCGGCUUUGGCAAUCGGAAUGGCUGGAUGCCGGAGCAUGCCAACAACUGGUUCGGCUGGUCCUUCAUCCUGGCCUGUGUGGGCUCCGUGCUGACCCUGGUGGCGGCCACAUUAUUCCUCAGCGAAGCGCAUGUCCAGCAACGCAAGCGCCUGCAGUUCAAAGAGUCGCAGACUCGAUUCGAGCUGGUCCGCGGAUAGUUACGGCAAAAGCCACAGCAGCAGCAGCAGCAGCAGCAUCAAGAGAAACAUUAUUCCGUCCCCACAACACAACACAAAAGUUCUACGAAGAAUUCUCACCAUAAUAAUUAUAUAUAGUUUUUUUUUAUACUUGGAAAUGUUUAUGCAAUUGCCAGACGACGACGACACGACGACGACGACGACAACGACUACAGACAGUCGGAGAAUACCCUAUAACCCAGCAUCACAUCAGAAGAAACUUUCAGUUUUUGGUACUUAUGAAUCAUCCAUCCAAUCCGACGACGAGAAAAAAGAGUUCUAA